CAACUGUCGGGCGCCAUCCUCGAGCGUGUCGUCUGACAGAUUCUUCUUGCCUAGUUCGUCGCGUGGACGAUAAUAUGGAUGGAUUUUUUUGCUCUCGGGUUCACAUCUGUAUGUCCAAACUCUUACGAAUUAUGAGCUUUUGCAGCCUGCCACAUGUAAGCUGGUCACGUUACGGAGCUCACGCAGCGCAAUUCAGUUCUCCCAAUCAGAUGCUGUUCAUCUAGAGUCUCUCGUUCUCUGAUUCUGCGGCGUGACGGUUUAGUUUACGUUCGAUAAUUUUUCCUCCUGUGAAGUCGUGUUAAGUUCUUGUGCCGAAGCAUGCCGAUGGGGGUUGCUGUUGGAUGUUGCAUGAAUCUGGGCUUGAGCGAGUGUGUGGAGUCCUCACAGCUCUCGCCCACAAGACACAAGCAAUCCUCGCUGUCGUCGUCUCACUGUUGCGUCGACUCACUUCGAAUCUACGGCUCGAACUCUCCUAAGGCCUCGCCCAGAAAAGCAUCCUUUUCCCCGAGAGCCAGUGCUGAUAACCACAGUGCACUGUCUGCAACAGCAAUGACGAAACGGGAGCAACAACUCACUAAAGCUGACGAGGCAUGGCAGGAAAGCACCAGCAUUUACCUUCAAAACUCGACCAUGUGGCAACAGAAUCUUGAGCUGGACUAUGAGACGAGACACGAAGAAGGUCGCCGGUGGGAAGACAUGCUUGUUGGAGACUUCAUGUGCCGUGACGUGGUGUGCCUCCGUCCAGACAUUCCGCUGAAGACAGCUGCUAAGAUUCUUGCGAAGAUUGGAAUAAGCGGAGCUCCUGUUGUGGAUGCAUAUGAAGGCGACGCAUAUGGGGCUGGUAAAUUGGUCGGUGUCCUCUCCCAACGAGAUAUUCUGUGGAAAGAAACAGUGCCUUAUCCGGGGGAGGACGACCACAUGCACCGAAUCAAUGAAGGUCCGAUGUCUCCCGUUCUUUAUGCUCAAAUGAGGAAGAUAACAGCCAAAACGGUAGAAGAUGCUAUGACAUCAGAUACCCUGUACAUUGAGGAGGACGCCAUGAUUACUGAUGCUGCAGAAAUGAUGCUCAAUCACAAUGUUGCUCGUCUGCCUGUUGUUGCACCCCGCGAAGACAAUAAGCCUGGCAUGACAGUCGUGGGAAUUGUCACAUGCCAUGACAUUCUUCGGCAUGCCAUGCGCUUGAUGUAAUACGGCAAGAUGCAAAGAUGCCAUGUACACUUGCGUCAUCAGAUGGUGUAAAUAAGCGCCUGAAAGUGAGCAUAGGCACCACACAAUAAAAUUUUACUGGCGUUUUGCCCCUCUAGUUGUACAUUGAUCUUGGUCUAGGUGCUACAGCCAUACAUUGUACCAUUUGUUGUGUAUUAUUGGUCUUUCAGCGGUGUGUUUGUGUUAAAUUAUGUUUUAUAU